UUGAGCUUUCCUCUCCAGCAGGAAAGCGUGACCAGUGACUGUGUGGCUCAAAAGAGAACUUAGGUCACUAAUUGUUGCGCAACGGGUUUGCAAGGAGGAAGAUCCUUACAGGUAGUAAAAAUGGCUCUCUUUGGAUCACGAGCAAACAUGUGGAGAACGUUAAACUCCUUGAUCAAACGAACUGGAGUUGCAGGUCGUGUGUUGGCGGCUUUGGUGAGCGACACGUUUACAAAUUUGGAAAACCGGAACAUCUUGGAAAACCGCAGAAUACAAUGUUUUGGUGCUCAGAUAUUGGUUGCCAGAUUUUCUUCACCAUCUCAAGAGUAUGAAAAGCCAGCAAUUAAGACUGCUAUUCCUGGACCACGCUCCAAAGAGCUGAUGACAGAACUAUCUCAAGUGCAGCUAACAAAGGGAAUGUCAUAUUUUGUUGAUUUUGAGAAGAGUAUAGGAAACUACAUUGUUGAUGCUGAUGGCAAUGUUUUGUUAGACGUUUUUCAACAAAUUGCUUCUGUUCCACUAGGUUACAAUCACCCUGCUUUGGUGAAAGCUUUACAAGAUCCAAAGAAUGUGUCAUCCUUUGUCAACCGUGCAGCCUUAGGUCUCUAUCCACCAGUUUCCUUUUUUCAAGACUUAAAAGAUGCUUUGAUAAGUGUAGCCCCACCUGGACUCUGUGAGGUAACCACAAUGGCUUGUGGAACUUGCUCAGUAGAGAAUGCAUUUAAAUUGGCUUUUAUGCAUUAUAGGACUAAACAACGGGGUAAUCCUGAACCUUCCUUGGAGGACCUAACAAGCUGCAUGAAAUCCCAGGUUCCUGGCACACCACCGUUAGCAAUUCUUGGUUUUGAGAGAGGAUUUCAUGGUCGAACUCUGGGUGCUCUUUCCACAACCCGGUCAAAAGCAAUGGCAAGAGUAGACAUUCCUGUAUUUGACUGGCCGAAGGCGCCAUUUCCUGUCCUGAAGUAUCCACUAACAAAAUACGAAAGAGAAAACAAAGCAGAAGAAGAUAAAUGUUUGGAAAUGGCCCGUCAGGCGAUCAUUGACAGUAAUAAUGCGGGCAAACCAGUUGCAGGAAUAAUUGUCGAACCCAUUCAAGCUGAAGGAGGAGAUAACCAUGCAAGUGCUGACUUCUUUAAUUCUCUUCAGAGGAUUGCUAAAGAGUUCGGUGCUCUGUUUAUUGUUGAUGAAGUACAGACAGGAUGUGGAAGUACCGGGAAAUUCUGGGCACACGAACACUGGGGUCUCGUUGAACCUCCUGACAUAGUGACCUUCUCAAAAAAGAUGCUGAUCGGUGGGUUCUACCAUAGGCCAGAAAUACGAGUUCAGCAGCCACUACGUAUUUUUAACACGUGGAUGGGGGAUCAAAGCAAACUUGUCCUUUUAAAAGAAGUUGUUAAAGUGAUCCAAGAGGAAAGCUUACUUCAAAGAGUACAAGAAAGUGGCAAAGCGCUGUUGAAUGGCUUGGAACAUAUGCAGGAAAAAUAUCCUGGAUUGUUUUCUCGUGCCCGUGGUGUAGGAACAUUUUGUGCUAUCGAUUGCGCUGAUGCAGAUAUUAAAGCAGAAUUUCUUUCAAAGAUGAAAGCCAAUGGUGUGGAGAUGGGAGGUGGGAGUGGGGAAGUUAGCAUCCGCUUCAGACCAACAUUAACUUUUUCACCACAUCAUGCAGACAUUCUGUUUGAAGUAAUGGAUACAGUGGCUUCCCAAAUGUAAUGACAUUGGAUGUCGUUUACUCUUCGUGAACCACACUUAGCAUCCUUUUGAUCUAAAAUCGUGUUCUGUUGCAAUGACAUUGUGUGCUUUACUUAACAUUUUAAGUUAUAUUCCUUCGAGUACUCUAUUAGACGGAGAUGAAAACUAUGAUUUUGUCAUGUUUGGAGGUUGCAGACUUGGAAGGUUUUAGAAUACACCUCGGUGGCGGCCAUAAUCUAAGUACACAGAUUAACUUACUAUUUGGAAAGUUCUGAUAUCUUCAUUGGCUUUAUAGUUAGUGUUGCGACCUCGUCCUAACCCCUCACGGUGUUUUCAUUAUCAGAAGGAAUUGCAACAAAUUAACUGACUUGGGUAGCUCAAGCAGUAGUUUAGCCUUGAAGAAUGUUCAGUUCUUGGACUGUUUAAAUGAUAUAACUGAACUCUCACGUACUAGUUACAAAAAUACCUGUGGAAGACUUGAUUAAUUAAAAAAUCUCAAAUGAAAUCAGCCAUUGGGACAACCAAGGGGUUAUUUAGGGAAAACUGUAUCUGCUCAAUUUUACACAUAUGGCAUUAUAUUCAUACUAAACUGUUGAGUGGCCAGUUUAAUAAGUACUUUUGACUUGACUUGCAGAAAUGUUUUGGUUUUAUUCAUUAAAAAUACCUUGCCACCAAAAAGGGGCCAUUUAAAUUGAGCCCCCCACCCCUUCUGAUAAUUUUCAUUUUCCCCUCCAACACUGUUUAUUAAAUCGACAAUGAAAUGACAAGAAAAGACACAUUGUUAAUACUGAGCAGCAUACAUAAAACUUGCUUUACCAAUCCAACUGAGAGCUUACAAACACCAAGUAACUUGGGUUAAAAUGAAUGAGAUGCAGUAUACAUGAGUCUUCCACUGUAAUUUCACAAAGCACACAGUCAUCCAAUCU